CAAAUGGUCAGGAUGUUUUCUACUCGGAGCUGAACAAUUCUUCAAAUGACUUAAACUGGCUGCUCACGGUGCAAUGUUUCAAAUAUUCAACAGUAGAAAACAGCUGUAAACAGCAAAUUUUACCAGGGAUGUGUGGAAUGAAAAUCAACGCGAGCAGAUUUUCGUCUACAGCACCAGACUUGAAUGGCCGAGUCUAAACUCGCCUCUUCGCAAUGGCAUUCAGCUCUCGUGCACAGGUCGUUCGUACGUACGGCCGACACAAGAAGCGCACCAUCGCGGCCUGGAUCUCCCCCGAAGCCACCACCAAGGCCCAGCACGUCUUCAGCUCUCCCGAAAACCUCAGCUUCACUGAUGCCACUGUCGGCAGCACAACCAAUCAUUCGGGUGCACUGACUAACAGCAUUGAUAAGAGCAGCAGUCCCCAUACAGACGAAGAGUGGUUUCCUAACAAGAAAGCCCAGCACAAAGUCACGACAGCACUCAGGGAAAAGAAUGUCAAAUCCAGCCAGGCCAGAAAGAAGCCAGUGCCUAGGAAGGGCACGGCCAAGAAGCAACCGGUCAAUGGGAAAGAAAAUCGUGCGCAACUCCCCAGUGAAACUGUCAAGGGACUCCCCCCGAAAGCGCGGGGGAAGAGGGUGACCAAACUGAGCAGAAAGCAGAAGGCUGCAGCUGACGCUAGUAGCAGCUGUCAGCAGGACCGAGUGGUAGAGGAGACCAAACAAAGAAGUUGCAGAGCAAAGAGUGCUCUGGCCAGGUUUGACCUGAUUCACUCCCCAAUUGAGAGGAACUUAAGUUCCUCGAGCAAGCGGGGAUGGAGAGACUCCUCCGACCUCACCUUUGACGCCAGCUGUGACCUGUUUGAAUACUCAGCCGACGUGUCCAAUAGUGGCAGCUGUGCUACCGACAAGCCUGCCCGCAGGAAUCCCCAGGGAGCAUCCUCGGAUGACAGCGUGUUCGGGUCUCCUGAGGUGUUCCCUCCCUCACGGGAGAAAACAUGCAACCACAGCCAUGUUAAUGCCAGCACUCCGAAUGACAUGAGAACUUGCACUAAUAAGAGCUUAGGCAUCGAUCUGUGGACAAGACGGGUGACCAGAUCAAGCCAUCAGAAUAUUGAAAUUACCAGGAAUUGUUCUAUCAACCGGGCCAGACAUGUUGAGACGGAAAGUCCAGUUUUAAUUCCUGUCCAGAAUGCCACUCAGAGGGACGGAGAUGGCCAUAGGGCAAACUGUGGGUGUUCCUCUUGCAAGACUGGAGAGCUGCAAAGCAUGGACCUCAUAGAUCUCACGAACGACAUCUCUGUGCUUGGUCUAAAUGGCAUUAACCGGGCCGAAGGGAGACCCCAGCUGUUCAAUAGCAAUGACAGUUCGCUUGACCUAGUCAUCAGUCCUUGCUCUGUGGUCAUCGCGCCCUUGUCGGGAGAUGAUCUGAGACGCCACUCCUCAUCAUCAGCACUCUCUUGUCAGAGAGGAAAGCCAACUGUCAGUGAAGAAGUGGAAAAUGAGGUUGAGACGCUAGUGAGGAAGGGAACUUUUACCACUCCCAACUGUUCCAAGAAUCUACUGCUUUCUGACAGCUACUGCCUUAGGUUCAAGGAUGCCCUGACACCAGUGAAGAGCAAGGCUACCGGCCGGUUCAUCACUGCUCGGCAGAAAGUCCUCCAGCAGUGUGACCAGGCGUGUCCCGUACCCUUCAGCCAGGGUAUCCCCAGGGCUAUGAUGGAGGGGUGCAUCAAAAUUGGAGAAGGGGUCUACGGGGAGGUGUUCAGGACCGUCAAUCCCCAGGGCCACACUGUGGUGCUUAAGAUUGUCCCGAUAGAGGGGGACUUCCAAGUGAACGGGGAGCAACAGAAAUCAUUUGAAGAGAUCCUUCCGGAAAUCGUCAUCUCAAGGGAGUUGAGCGCCCUCAAUGAAGUUGAAGGCGGCCAAAGCGCCACAGGCGGGUUCAUUGCCGUCAGUGGUGUGUCUUGCUGUCAAGGCCGCUACCCCGAGACACUGCUGGAUCGCUGGGAUGAGUACCGCUGCAGAAAGGAAUCGGAGAAUGACAGGCCAGAUUGUUUCCCCAAAGACCAGUUGUUCAUUGUGUUUGAAUUCGCCGAUGGUGGAGUGGACCUCGAGAACAAAAAGCUUGAGACUGUCCAUCAGGCUGUCAGCAUCUUCCAGCAGGUCGCGCUGUCCCUCGCCGUGGCUGAGCAGUCCCUAGCGUUUGAGCAUCGGGACCUGCACUGGGGCAACGUCUUGGUUCUCCCGACCCCCAGGAAGCAGCUCAGCUUCUUGCUGGAGGGGGAAGAGGUCAGGGUGGUGUCCCAUGGGGUGCAGGCGGGGAUCAUCGAUUUCACCCUGUCACGACUCGAGAAAGAUGGUUGCACCGUGUACUGUGAUCUCUCCACCGAUGAAACCCUCUUCACCGGCCGCGGCGACCUGCAGUUUGAUGUGUACCGGAAGAUGCAAAGUGAAAACAGCAACAACUGGGAGCCCUGGAACCCCCACACCAACGUGCUGUGGCUGCACUACCUCCUGGACAAGCUCCUCAACGCCAAGGCCUACCCACGGGCGGGGCGGGCGGGGUCAGACUCCGGCCAGUCCACCCUGCGCCGGGAGCUCCGCGGCCUGGCCCGCCACCUGCUGGGCCACCUCUCAGCCUUGGAGGUCGUCCGGGAGAGCGGCCUGCUGGAACUCUGAGUCACGAGGGACGAGCGGUCUCCGCCCGAUGGACUUGAAGUCUUCGAACAUCGGGGAACAUCACAAAGGAAGACUUUGGAAAAAUUGUUUCAACGAUGUCUGCAUCCAGUCUUGUUUAGAUCUCGAAAAGGCCUGUUGUUACUACAGGAAAUUUUUCCUGUGAAUACUGUUUGUGAUUAGCAAUGUUGCUUUAGUUAAACCUCACUUUGAACUCAAACCGAUGAAACACAAUCAAGGAAGAAAUGCCAAUGUAGUUGGAUAUGCAUGUUGAUGAAUCAUCGCUGUAGUAUUCAUUAAUCACUGAAGAAGUAACUUGAAUGUUGAGAGCACCUUGAAAAUCAUGACUACUCCCUGAAUUGUAUACGUGUUCGUAGAUGUACAAGCGCUUGUGCUGAGUUUUUAAUCUGUAUAAUUUGUCUCUUCGUUGAAAGCCAAAAACAUUAAUACCAGCGAUUCACAAUGGUGCGCGUCCAAGACUUCGCGACCUGUCAACCCAAUGCUCGCUUGGAGAGGGUCAACAGAUUUCGCGCAUUGUGAUUGGUCAACGCGUUGCAAACUCUUGGAGGCACACUAUUUUGAAAUGUCCGUAUCGGCUCUUCUUUUGUUCUCUCAGUGUGUUGCAAUAUGCAGGCUGAACACUCUUCGGAGUUCCAUUAAAAAGUGAUUCAGUAGCACGAGCUCAUUUGCAUCUUAGAA